GACCCAAUGAGGAGCUCGCGGUGAACUGUUGCUGAAUGGAACUAACAAGAGGCCAUUUUGCGCUCGGGGCCACGGACAUCAUCCAGAAAUAAUAAUUAUAAUUAAUAAUAACGACGGAAACGAGGGGCAGGCUCGGGACAUUUUCGGGAGAGGACGCGGUUGGUGCCAUGCGGUGACCGAGCCUCCUCCUCCUCCUCCUCUGUCGCCGCCGCGUCGCCACUUCUUCCUGCUCCCUGGAGGGUUUGUGUCUGAGGAGGAACAGGGAGGUGUGAAAGGGAGGGAAGAGGGGGGGCUUCACCGCAUUGCUACCCGACCCUUGGCUCUCCUCUGACCCCCGGCGAGGAGGAGGAAGAGGAGGAAGAGGAGGAGGAGGAGGAGGGAGUCAACAUCCAUGCGCGCUGACAAACAGGUGUACGGUUUCAUCACCGGGACGCGGCGCUAGCUAACGAAUCGCCACCGCCGCUGCUUCUUCGGCUGUUUCUCCGAGUGAGGACCCCCGGAGGCUUCACACGGAAGAGACCGGACACCUGCUGACAUGUUGCGGGAUUAAAGGAGCGAAACCGCAGUCGUUUUUUAAAAAACAAGGCAUUAAACGGGAGAAAGAUCUGGGAAUAAAGCUUGACCCGGAGGAGAGACUUAACCCUGAGCAGAGAGCAGAAGAGACAGGGCUUUCACCUCCUUGCUCACCUAUACCUGACUCUACUUAGCAAGUCUCCAGUCUGUUGAUUUUAUGACGGAAAGUGUGUCCCCCUGCAGUAGAUCAGUAAGAAGUGCUCUUCAAUAUGAAUACAGAUAGCGGAGGAUGCGUUACCAAAAGCGUGGCCUUGUCACUCAUACUCUCUCCCAUGAAGAGGGUCCAGAGCUCACCAAAUCUAGCCACAGGGAGUGAUUCUCACUCAUCAGACUUGGAUUCUUGGCGGUCACGGAGCGUAACAGAUGGCCUUAAGAACGGAGACGCCGGCAGCUCAUCUCUCGCUGCCAAAGGCUUCCGAAGCGUCAGACCCAACCUGCAGGACAAAAAGUCACCGACACAGGACAUUGGUCACUUGCCGUUGCCACCCCCCAGGAGAGAGAGUUUCCACUUCUCGCCCACUGGCACUAAUCCACCAGACUAUAGCUCCCUCAUUGCCUUGGCUAAUGAUUCUGGCCCUGGAAUGCUAACAUUCACUCACAAUGAGAAAGCGGUAUUGAAAGAGUCCUACACGAUUAAUAGCACAUCCUCUUACGCCUAUUCAGAGACCAGUGCAAACUUAGUCCAGCAGGAACACCAGGUCCCAAAAGAUUGUAUUGAAUCUGCCACCUCUAAUAAUAAACAGGUCCGGGAGCGUAAAGUGGCUUCACUCAAACUAACUCCGGUCACCAUCCCUGACCCUCCUGCUCACCUCAACUCUUACCUUGAUCCCCAAACUAAGACCCAGACCGCAGCUUCCCCACCUAUCCCAAGGGGUCCCACUCUCCCUCAGCCCCCGACAAGGACAGCCUCGCUCUCUGUCCACUUGGGCCCUGAGAAUCUGAAAAAUCCCGAGCGUCAACCUCCAAAUCCCACAGCAGAAGCCCUGGUCCCAGAUCAAGAACUAUAUCAAGCCUCAAGUCCGGCCGCAUCGCAGGUGGAGAUGACGAAACCUCCUCCUGCAGUUCCACCGAGACCUUCUCCUGCAAAACUGUUGGGGCCACCAUCCCCCAACCCCACCUCUCCGCACUCCCCCUACCACAGCUCAGAAUCACUCAACUACCUGCCAGGCCUCAUGCCCAAGACCCUAUCGCCCACCCCCUAUGUUCCUAGCGGAGCUAGUGGCGCAGCCGGUGCGGUCACUGUGAGCACCGGUGGCUUCGUGUCACCCUCGGCUUCCCCUGUGUCAGCUCUCAGCCACUACUCGUCCUCCACGGCGGGUCUGCUGGACGAGCUGCAGAUCUGUAGCCUGGACUCACCCGAUGCCUCACCCACGCCAUCGCCCACCCUCAGCCAUGUCUCUACCUACACAUCCACUGCUGGCCCUGAUGAUGCGCUAACAACCUCUGUGGCCUCCACUGCUGCAACAGCCACUGUCACUAACGGCCAGGUCCUCUCUCACGCUAUGAAUGGAAGCACAAGCCAUCCACAGAGACCCCUCUCUCCCCCAUCCUAUCCUCCUCCCCCCACCUCACUCCACACUGGGCUCCAGAGACAGAGCCGGAGUUCGGAGGGCAGCGAGUCUGUCACCAGAGAGUCUGUGGUGUCGGGCCACACCAGUGUCAGCAGCACUGUGCCCAUUGCCUCCUUCUCAGAAGAAGAAAAGAAGGUCUCCAUCAUUAAAGCCCCUCAUUAUGAAGGCAUCGGCCCUGUGGAUGAGUCCGGCAUUCCUAUCGCCAUCCGCACGACGGUGGAUAGGCCUAAGGAUUGGUAUAAAACUAUGUUCAAACAGAUCCACAAGGUUCACAAAGCAGACGAUGACUACUCUGACACAUACAAUGCAACUUAUGCUGUCAUUAACAACGAUGACCACAGCCUUUCAUCCUCUGCCACCACCAUGGCACACCCGGCUCCCCGGACACACACAUACAGGCCGCUGUCCAAAAGCCCCUCAGACAAUGGAGGGCAUCUGGGGCCUCGAGAACCCUCCCCAUCCCCUGUACCCCCACCGCCUCCACCCAUGCCGUCCCUCCUGCAACUGAGGGCCAGAGAUAGCGACCGUGAAAAAGAUUCCCCAGACAUGAAUGAAUGGGGUCCCCCCGACAGGAAAGUGGACACACGAAAGUACCGUGCGGAGCCCAAGAGUAUUUUUGAGUAUGAGCCCGGGAAGUCCUCUAUUUUGGAGCGUGAAAGACCAACCUAUGAUGACAUAGAUUUAGAGAACGAGCCUUGGUAUAAGUUCUUUUCCGAGCUGGAGUUUGGGCGGCCGCCUCCUAAAAAACGACUGGAUUAUAAUCCAGACAUCUCCGCUCGCCAGCACAUUGAGACGUCCCUGUACAUCGCUCCUGCUGACAAGGCUCUGGAGAGACCUGCGAGUGCUGCCAGCGACUACAGGAAGAGAAGGAAGUCGGAGCCGUCAAGUUCCCAAGUGAACGCUCAGUCUCAGAGCAGAGCUGCAAAUUCCCCUAAACCAGUGGAUGCCUACAGACCCAGCAGCAGCUUAAAGAAGCCCGUCAUUCGUUCCUCACCAUCCUCGCCCUCCAGAGCCAAAGACCAGGAUGUCUCCAGAAGUUAUUCCACAAUGGAUGGACGCCACACACCCCAGAGUAGAAGAGCUACUCCUGACAGAGAGAAACAGCCUGCAAAAGCAAUUUAUGAUUUUAAGGCACAAACAGCUAAGGAGCUGACAUUUAAAAAGGGUGAUGCAGUAAACAUCAUCAGGCAGAUAGACAACAACUGGUAUGAGGGAGAGCACCGAGGACGGGUGGGGAUAUUCCCCAUAUCAUAUGUAGAGAAGAUGCCGUCCACAGAGAAGCAGCAGCCGAUCCGUCCUCCUCCGCCGGCACAUGUCAGAGAGAUUGGAGAGGCAGUGGCUCGCUAUAACUUCAAUGCAGACACCAAUGUGGAGCUGUCUCUCAGAAAGGGUGAGAGAGUGAUUGUGAUAAGGCAGGUGGAUCAGAACUGGUACGAGGGCAAGAUCCCAGACUCGACCAAACAGGGCAUCUUCCCCGUGGCCUACGUUGACAUCAUCAAGCGCUCCCCGUCCAAGAGCUCCGACCACCACACAGAUCUGCGUGGUCACCUUGGCCACAGGACGCCAAGCAGUUCAUCCAGCAAGCCUUUCUACCAUCUACCUCCAUCCUCCACCACCCGUGACCUCCCCUCCCCUCACCCCUCGUUGAGAAGGCUUGACCUACAAGCUGUCACCAACGAGUGGCUGUCCCUUACUCUGGACACAACAGCGUCCACACCAGCUCACUCCCGCACGACCACCCCUGCACCACCCACACCUCCCCCUCUUCCAGUUGACUUUGCACCUUUUCAAGCAGCUCACGAACUUAAGACACCCUUGUCCUCACCCUCGCCCUCACCUGCACCGACACAGAGAGGCUUUGCUCUCCCGCCCCAGACAUUUCCCAGAAAUUCUCCUUUUAGAGAAAUGAGACUCACCCCAGCUGUUCAGCCUUUUCCCCAACCUCCUCCUCCUCCUGCCGCCCCUCAUCCCUCACUCAUCUCUCCACAGACUGACUCUUUUCUCCAACACAACAGCAGCAGGGGGUGCACUGAAACAGCCCAAAUGUUCCACAUUGCUACGCCAGAGGUUUUGUUCUGCGCAUCACCAGAGCCAGAAAAGUCACUCACACAAAUUCCACAGUGGUACAAGUCAACUGCACCAGCAACCAAAAGCACCAAACAACCUGACAUUGAGCUGCAAGUAAAAGAUCCUUAUGACGAGCUGUUAUCCAUGAUCCUGGAUGAUUCUACCAGCACAGAUGACGUUGGUGUUUCAAGAUUGUCUCCGAUAGAUUCCCCACCAGCUACGCCAACCAAUGAAUCCCAGAAUAGGCUUAAGUUAAACGCAGAAUCCCAUCACCUGGUGGGGAAACCCCCAGCGGUCACUCCAGCCAGCAAACCAGCAGGCAGCGUUCGUUUAGAGGUGCAGUUUCUCAAGCCUGUGACCAUGGAGCCACUGUCAGUCGCCUGGGGAGGGCAACCGAAAAGUUUGAAUGAGGAUGAACCAGUGGAGUCUCAAAGACCGCUGUCGGUCAAGGGGAAAGGAUUCACUGAGUUGUUCAUUGAGGAAGAGGAUGAAGCUUUAGAGGAGAAAGAGGAGGACGUUAGAGUUUUAAAUGAAAGACUCAGUCCACAGGCUGAUGUCUCACCACCCACCCUGACACGACUCUCUCACCCCGGCGUCUCCUCACCCUCUGUACUACCACCUCUGACUUCCUUAUCACCUCCUCCUUCUUCUUCUCCCUCUUUAUUUGCUCCUCCUUCGUCUUCUCCCUUGCGUCUGCACCAGCGUGAUCUUAUCACCCCCCCCACAUCUCCCUCUUGUUCCCCUCGGCCCCCAUCCCCCCCUUGCUCUCCUCGGCCCCCAUCCCUUCCUCGCCUCUCAACAUCGCCCCUGCCUCCCCUCUCUACACCUGUCUCGCCACCUCCCCUCCACUCCACUCAUCCCUCUCAAAUCGUUCCAUGUUCAUCUCAUCCGGUCACGUCCUUCCCCGAAUCAGAGUCACCAUUACCCCUUCCCCCCCGGUCUCUCCCUAAACCCACCUCUCCUCCCCGAACUCCCCCCAUCGUACCCCAUCCAGGACAUAGGUGUCCCAAGGUGAAGGAUCCUGUUGUCGGUGGUAAACCUCCCCGUAGCCCCAUCUUGUACCGGAGGUCCUAUCUGUCACCCGUUAGAGGUCGAAGGCGAUUAGUUCAGGAUGCACUCCAUGGGGGAGGAGACCCAUACCAGGCCGUGUACAACUACAUGCCUCGUAACGAAGAUGAGCUGGAGCUGAGGGAGGGCGACAUCGUUGAUGUGAUGGAGAAGUGUGACGAUGGCUGGUUUGUCGGGACGUCUCGAAGGAGCAAGUUGUUUGGAACCUUCCCAGGAAACUACGUGAAGCAGCUAUAAUGAUGAUUCCAGACCCCUCCUCUUCCUCCUCUUUGCCUCGCGCCCUUCUGUGACACAUUCAUCGCCCUCAGCACAGCACCUGCAGGACGCCGCCUCCCCACAGCGCUCAGCAGAGACCUGUCGCACAUCGCGUUCGCUUGUACGUGCGGCUCGUUGGCUUCACACGAACAGAACGUUUAGCUCUAACUCGCCAUCUUUAACAGAAGACUUCUAUGAGAUGAUGUUGUUUUUUUAAACCUAUCUUUUAUCCUUAUUUUUCUAUCACGGAGAACCCAAACCUUUGUGCUCCGGUCAGUGACCUUUAACUUUCCACAGCGAGGGAAUGAUUGCGAUCACUCGUCGACAGUGAGCAGCACGAGGCAGUGAUGCUUUUCUUUCUGUUUCAGCUGUUUAAGGGCAGUAAGAUCACCACUGUCACCUUUUUUAUCUAAUUUUUUGGUGUAUAUUUAACUCAAAAACACUUGUCACAUUUCAUUUCAGUGUUCAAUCACAAAAAUCUACAGAGACGUUGAGUACAGAGCGUGUUGCACAAACGGUCCACACGUCCGUUUCAUGGACUGUCGUGGGGCCUGUAGCCAACAUGCUGCAUCAAAAGGUAGAAGGAGUAACAUGUGGAGCAGACGUGUGUGUUACCCCAUGUAUUGAUAAAUUGGGGAUAUCGUGUUUCAUGAUUGUGCAAAUAUUUGAAUAUUGCAAACGAGGAAGUAGAAGUAAUAUUAUUGAAACUGUUCUACUGUCUGUCCAAAAAUAAUACAUUAGAUUUCAAGUAUGAGAUUUGAAAGCAAAUAUUUUCGUCUCCACACUAGGAUUGAUGCACUUUAACGCAAUUUUAACACAACGUUGUGUUUUUGUCUUGUUUCAAAUUUCACUUCAGAUUUCAUACACCAGAGGUUGUUAUGACUUUGUGGCUCAUGGGGGAAUAUCAGCCGUGUGUGGAAAGUGUAUGCAAAAAGGUUACUGACCUUUUUUAGGUAUUAUAUUUAUUAGAGGACGAACGGUGGUCAAACUAUGUAAUGAGAUGAUUUUAGAACAUGUUGCUCUUUUUAACAUAUUCUAACAGCAGCGAGACCCACGUUUGAAGGAAUGUUAUUUUAUUGUCAAGUGUCAUUGUCCAGAUCAUAGACUGUAUAUGAAGAGGGAUGACAUGUCUUCACCCCCCCGCCACUAUCCAGAAAUGAAGCCAAACUAUCCCGGGAAUUAACGCAGCUUUUUGGAGCCAUCGUCUGCACAGUAGACAAAUUUGUAGAUAGAUAAAAUAUGUUUACAAAUCAUAAAACCCAUCAUAAACCUCACAGUCCACAAAACGAUCUACAGAAUAUAAUCAAAAAUGUCCUCAUGUCCCAUCAACUAACAUGGAGGAGGCAGGGUUAAUGACCUGUACUGCAGGAAGCCACCAGGGGGCGAUUGAGACGCUUUGGCUUUACUUUUGGGGAGCUGUCAUGUCGUCCAUCGGUACAGUCUAUGGUUCAGAAAGAGACUGAUGUUAUGUUGAAUUUAUUUAAGUCUGUUACCAUGUGAGAUAGAAUUUUAUGGAAAACUCCAGUCGCGUAAACUGCAUUUUUUUUUUUUCCCCACUAGAUGUUGGUUGGUGGCUUCUUUUCAAAUCAGAGUGAAUAGGUAGCACGUCACUGUUCAUGUGUUUAGAAACCAUUUGGAAUCAUUGGCAAAUCUCCAUCUUGGCUUGUCAAGCACAGUGAAUCAGUUUUUAUUGUCAUUUUUUUUCUUCUCAUGUUUGUGUUUUCACGAAAGACGGACACUGACAACAAAUCAAAUGUUAAAGCACCUUAAAGUAUAUUUUGUUUCAUCAUCCGUCGUCCACCAUGUCACCCCCCCCCCCCACACACCUCACUGUCAUCCACUGUUUCCGAUGGUGUGAGAACACUUGGUGUGUUGCGUGUGUGUCUGUGGUGUUUUUGUAAGCCUUUUUUGUAUGAGAGCUGUAAAAUGGCCAACAUCCACUUUGCUUUAUAAACUCAGCUUUUUCUCACCCACCAUCAUAUUCGGUUUCCUCUGCUUUCUUCACGUGUUCGUCACCGGUGGUGCUAAUUUCCUCUUUUUGUAGCCAGGCGUUAGGCCUUGAUUUCCCCCUCCCCCGGGUUAUCUGUUGUUUUCACAGUCAGUGACGUAUUUAAACUGAAGUUACUGUAGGUAGACUGAGUUGGUGAUUGCUGCCUUACAUCCAACUCACAAGUUUAAUAGCCAUGUAUAUGUAAGCCUCUUCUGUGAUGCAAAAAAAAGAAUCAUUUAUGCAUAAUGUAGUGUAGAGAACAUCAGGACAGUGUUUGACCAUGUGCACAUGAACUCAACAGUGAUGAAACUUUCAGUAAGCAUCUAAUCUGCCUCUCAUACAACAACGGGGACAGAUUCUGACUGAGAUUCUGACUCCUGAGAUGUUUAUACAUAUAACAAAAGUGUAAAUCUUAUAUGUUGUUCAUGUUAAUAUCAGAUUCAGUGCACACACUUGGACCUAAGUAUUUCUACAAUAUCUUAGCAGUUAUUGGAUGAUUUUAUGGGGCUGUAUUGCUAAUAAAAUCCAGCUGGUAGAUGAAAUAUUUCCAGCUUUUUUCUCCUGUCAGUUUAACAGAUGAGAAAACUCUUUUUGCUGAUGACUGAGAAGGAAAUAUCAUGAAGUGUGAAGGUACCUGCACAGUUUUUAACCCUUUACUUCUGUUCUGCUCCCAAAGCACUGAGGGUCGGUGUCACACAUUCACGUGCCUGUUGCACACAGUUCCACAUGUUCACAGGUGGUGGCGGUAUUGUGCCAGUUGAAGCUGAUACAUACCAAUGCAGGUCUCAAUGAGAAAUGUUUGGUGAGGAAUGAAAUGAAGUUUCACUUUGCUCAAAGUCCAUUUCAUCCCACUGACGACACAAAUCUCUGAAAACAGGUCAUUUCUUUCAUUCAAAAAAAUGUGGUUUUCAAAGACAUUUGGAAAUUAUUCACAAUAACAACGCAAACAGAUUUGCGAACAAUACAAUUAGUGAUUAUU